GGUAAAUAGCUAUUAAUAUUUAAUUAUGAUAAAACAAACAAAAGAGGGGGAACCAAUAUUUAUUCCACCUGCUAAAAUUUUACAAGAAUUAAAAUAUUUGCAUAAAGAAUUACCAGCAUUUUGUUAUUCGUGGGCUUGGGAAGCUAGAUGUGUUUGUGCUUUUGAAAAAGGAGAAUUUAUUGAAGCAAUAAAAGAAUUGAAAGUAGUGAUUAUUAUAAUGAAAAGUAAAUUGGUUGUUAAAAACGAUGUGAAGUAUAUGCAAAAAAGCCUAUUUUAAUUGGAAAGAGAUUAUUUAAUGUAAGAUUAAUUUCAUAUGGGGCAUCAUCACCAAAAAAAAUGUUUUUUGGUCCAAAUCAUUUAGCUCAUGCAUUUGAUAAACUGAUGUUUGAUUACGUGUAUAUAUUUUUAGAGACUCCCUAGAAAACAGCUAAAAAAUUAUAAUUACUUAUAUAAAAAGCUGAAAGUAUAUAAAAUAAUAGGUAUUUAUUUUUUAUUAAUGUGAAGAUAGAUUAUUAGUUUUAAGGAAAGCUACAAAUAAUUACGUGGAAAGGAAUAUGAAGAAUAAAAUAUGGAAGAAGAAUAGAAUGAAGAAUAAGAUUGA